GACAGAGUCAAUAUUUGAGAAAAUUAGGAUUCACUGUGAAUGACUGGAAGUCAGGAGCCCUAAAGCAGAUGCAAAGGGUGAAACCCAAGAAGUCCAGUGACUGCUACAGAAGUCUAGUGGAUCUAUGCAGUGAUGAACUAUUCACUGACUAUGUGCUGGGUCCUUCUCCUGAGUGUCAUCCCACCUGCUUACAGCAGCUCAGUCUUCACCAGUAGUCAGGAUGCCAACCGGGUGCUGAAAAUAAAAAAACGGUCCAAUGCUCAGUUCCUUGAGGAGUUGAAACCUGGGUCGCUGGAGAGAGAGUGCUAUGAAGAGAAAUGUGACCUUGAGGAGGCAAAUGAGAUAUUUGAGACUCGCGAGGCCACUCUUGACUUUUGGGUGAAAUAUUUCGAUGGGGAUCAGUGUCUCUCUAGUCCGUGUACAAAUGGUGCCUGUAGGGACGGCAUUGGGAAAUUUGACUGUGCCUGUCACCAAGGCUGGGAAGGAAAGCUCUGCUCUCAGGAAGUCACCCACUUCAACUGCUCCUUGAGUAAUGGAGGCUGCAGUCACUUCUGCACAGAGACCAGGAACAGUACGUCACGUCUGUGUAGCUGUGCCUCGGGGUACCAGCUUCAUGAUGACUACCGCAGCUGUAAGUCGGCUGUGGAGUUUCCUUGUGGCAAAAUGAAAAUAUUCAACCCUGACUAUUCAGCCCGUCUCACGGGAGCAAGGAAAGGACGUAAAGGUGACAGUCCCUGGCAAGCUUUGCUACUUCAUGACAAGAGAUUUCACUGUGGUGGAGUCCUGAUUCACCCAUCAUGGGUUCUGACUGCAGCUCAUUGCAUGUCACGGACUGGAAAGUACUCUGUGCGGCUUGGUGAAUAUGACCGUGCAGAACUGGAAAGCACCGAGCAACAGUUUUCUCUGUCUGAGAUUAUCCUGCAUCCUGACUACAAACCUAAGACUGCAGAUAAUGAUAUAGCCCUACUGCGACUCAAUGAGCCAGCAGUGUAUAACAAGUAUGUGUUGCCCAUCUGUCUACCAAGUAAAGGACUUGCUGAAACACAUCUGACGCUAGAAGGCACUGAGACCAUAGUAACGGGCUGGGGAAGCCAGGAUGGAUCACGGCGCAACAGCUCUAAGAUCCUCAGCUUCAUACAGAUCCCCAUAGUUCCCCGAGAGAAUUGCUCGGAAGUCAUGAAUAGCCAUGUAUCUGGUAAUAUGUUAUGUGCUGGAAGGUUGGGGGAGAAUCAGGAUGCUUGCAAUAAAGACAGUGGGGGGCCCAUGGUCACCAGGUUUGGAGACGCCUGGUUUCUUAUUGGCUUAGUGAGCUGGGGAGAGGGAUGCGGGAGACUGGAUAAUUAUGGCGUAUAUACCAAGGUGGAUCGUUACCUUGAAUGGAUCAGUCAGCAAAUAGCCAACUAUAAAGAAGAAAUUAAGUCUGACACACAAAAGUCACGUAAAAGCUGAUUUCUUAAGAUCUCUUGUAAAGUCAUCUUAUCCAGAUGCAUUUCAAUGUAAAUCAGAUAAUACAACUUUUUUUUGUGUGAAAACUGUGCUAUGUUUUUCUAUGUUAGAAAAAGGAUGGAAAUAUA